AUGGCGGACACAGCAGUUGAACCAGUUCCUAAUCAGCUACCACCAUCUGUAUUACUAGCUGAUGUCUCAGCUCUUAGCAAAUAUGUGCACAAAACAGUUUGCACUCUUCUGGAAGAAACCAGUGAUGGCUCAGUAGUCCUAGAGGCAACUUUAAGCGAUCCAAAUAACCAAGAAUCAUUAAAGAAGUUCAUAUCUGAUGUUCAGGUCCACUCCAUUGUAGUCCAGAAACUCUCCACAAAAGACGACGACGAUGAGUCAACGGACUGUUGUGUUUCUUACUCGAUUCUUCUUGAAGUUAAGUAUACAAACCCAAAAAUCCAAAGUAUUGUGUUUAUCAAACGUGGGGCCGUGGUCGAGGCUGACAAGAGCUUCAGUUCUCAGUUGAGAUUCCUGAAUUUUACGGAUGGUUCUCCAUAUGAAACUUUACACUCAACUAUUAGUAAUGCUAUAAGUCCAUUUUAUAAAUCCUACAUCCGCGAGUCCGGAAGAGCUGACAGGGAUGGUGAUAAAAUGGCACCAAGUGUAGAGAAGACAAUGACAGAAUUAGAAAUGGGUCUUUUACACCUCCAGCAAAAUAUUGAUAUACCAGAGAUCACUUUGUCAGUUCAUCCUCUUGUUGCACAGGUGAUAAAAGAGCGUGCCCAGGAAGGAAAGAGAGCUAAAACAUCGGACUUUGAGGACAAGUUAGAGGAUGCACAAUUUCUGAAUGCUCUUCAGUCUGGUGUCAACAGAUGGAUUAAGGAAAUUCAAAAGGUUACAAAACUGGAUCGUGAUCCAUCGUCUGGCACUGCUUUGCAAGAGGUUACUUUCUGGCUUAAUUUAGAACGCAGCUUGUUUCGUAUACAAGAGAAACGAGAGUCUCUAGAAGUUACACUUACGUUGGACAUUUUGAAACAUGCUAAACGAUUUCAUGCUCUAGUUAGCUUUGAUACUGACACAGGUUUACAAAGAGCUUUGGCGACUGUUAACGAUUAUAAUCCACUUAUGAAGGAUUUUCCACUCAAUGAUCUCCUGUCAGCCACUGAACUUGAUAAAAUUCGCAUGGCCAUUCAAACGAUUUUUACUCAUUUGCGAAAAAUCCGUAAUACAAAAUAUCCCUUACAAAGAGCUUUGCGCUUGAUCGAAGCUAUUUCAAGAGACCUUACCUCACAGUUAUUGAAAGUUUUGGGGACACGAAAGCUUAUGCACAUGCCGUAUGAAGAGUUUGAAAGAGUAAUGGCUGCGUGUUUUGAAGUAUUCUCUUCAUGGGAUGAUGAGUAUGAUCGAUUGCAAAGCUUGAUGAGAGAAAUCAUUAAAAAGAAACGUGAUGAACAGUUGCGAAUGAUAUGGCGGAGUAAUCCAGCUCAUCGUCGGUUACAAUUACGUCUUGAUCAAAUGAGAAAGUUCCGUCACCAACACGAACAGUUGAGACUAGUGAUUGUACGUGUGCUACGACCUGCACAUAGUGCUCAACCAGAUAAGACGAAAGAUGCUCCCGGCGAAACAAAUAAUGGUAUGGCUGUGAAUGAAGGUGAUAACAAGCUCCCUGCCAAAACGACUGGUAAAGAACAACCUCUUCUUGAUGCAUCAGAUGCUAAUGCAAUAGAAGAAGUUAAUCUAGCGUAUGAAAUCGUAAAAGAAAUUGACUGCUUGGAUGUUACAAAGGAAGGUACUGAUGUCUGGGAGGCGGCAAUCAAACGGUAUGAUGAGCGCAUUGAUCGCGUAGAAACUCGAAUAGCUGGACGCCUUCGUGAUUUACUGGGAACAGCAAAGAGUGCAAACGAAAUGUUCCGAUAUUUUUCACGUUUCAAUGCUUUGUUUGUGCGACCACACAUAAGGGGUGCCAUACGAGAGUAUCAAACACAACUUAUUCAACGAGUUAAAGACGAUAUAGAAGCUUUGCAUGCAAAAUUUAGAACACAAUACACAUCUAGUAAAGCUUAUCAAAUGACAAAAGUGCAUGAUCUGCCCCCAGUUGCUGGCUCCAUUAUUUGGGCUCGUCAAAUUGAGCAACAACUCAAUGCUUAUUUGAGACGAGUUGAAGAUGUUUUAGGUAAAGGAUGGGAACAUCAUCGUGAAGGACAGCUUCUGAAGGCCGAUGGAGAUAGUUUUAAGGCAAAACUGAAUACCAGUGAACUCUUUGAAGAUUGGUCACGAAAAGCACAACAGAAACAAGUUUCAGUGUCUGGUCGUAUUUUUAACGUUGAACCUAUUCGAACCAAGAUUGCUACAAAAGAAGGUGAAACACAAACAAUAACUGUUCUAAAGUUGAAAGUUAACUUUCAGCUAGAAGUUAUAACUCUGGCGAAAGAAGUCCGAAAUAUGAAAUGGCUUGGCUUUCGUGUGCCCCUUGGAAUAGUCAAUAGAGCUCAUCAAACUAAUCAACUUUAUCCUUAUGCAAUAUCUCUGAUCGAAAGUGUACGGACUUAUGAAAGUACUUGUUGUAAAAUAGAUGAACAUCAGCGACAACAUAUCGGUCUUUUAUGCGCUGGAAUGCGCCGUGAAGUUCAAGUUUUGAUAUCUGAGGGUAUAUCAUUAGUUUGGGAAUCCUACCGCUUGGGUUUAUUUGUACAACGUCUUGCAGAAACAGUUAUGCAGUUUCAGGAAAAGGUUGAUGAUCUUUUAGCUACUACUCAAGAAAUUCAUACAGAAGUCAAAGCACUCGAAACCUGUGUCUAUUCUAGAUCGGUUUUCGAAGAGAUUUUAGGUAAAAUACAAAAGUGUGUUGAUGAAUUGAAUCUCCAUCAAUAUUCAAACUUAGCUCAAUGGGUUGCUCAUUUAGACGAAGAGGUUGAACAUCGUUUAGUUGUACGUCUCAAGGCUGGCAUUAAUGAAUGGACACGUGUCCUAUUGGGUCAGAAAGAUAAGUGCACUAAUAAUGACUUAGAGGAUACGCAUGCAAUCCCUAAGUCGAAAAAUCGUUUAGGCGGUGAACCACAAAUAAAACCUCUGGUCCAUGAACUUCGGAUAACUAAUCAACAGAUUCAUUUGCAUCCGAGUAUUGAACUAGCUCGUCAUGAAUUAAUAGUUAAUCUUAGUGGUUGGGAAAGUGUUGUUCUCACUUUACCUCGUAUUCAACAUUCACGUUACCAGGUUGGUAUUGAAUCAGAGAAUGAUACACAAAAGAAUUAUAAAAAGUUGAUGUAUAAACUAGAAAAUUCUGGUGAUGUUUUGGCCAAAGCUUAUGAGGCAAUCGUCCAAGUAGCCGGUGAGGCGAAAGAAUAUGUUAAAACAUGGACAAGUUAUCAAGCACUUUGGGAUCUUCAAAGUGAUCAGGUGUAUGGUCGCCUUGGUUCUGAUACUCAGGUUUGGAUGAAUCUUUUAGACGAAAUUAAAAGUAUGCGUCAACACUUUGAUGUGGCAGAAUCUCAGAAAGAAUUUGGUCCUAUCAUUAUUAUGUUUGGAAAAGUUCAGUCUAAAGUUUCACUGAAAUACGACAAUUGGCAUAAGGAUAUUCUGAGCAAGUUUGGAAGUCAUUUAGGCUCAGAAAUGCAAGAUUUAUUCUCACAAGUAUCAAAGGCUCGUUCGGAUUUAGAACAACAAGCAAUAGAUGCUGCUAGAACAGGUGAAGCUGUCAACGCAAUAACUUACACACAAGCAGUGAAAAGAAAAAUGAAAGCAUGGGAGAAACAAGUGGAACUUUAUCGUUCCGGUCAAAAUAUUCUCUAUCAUUCAGAAAAUCUUUUAGGCGAAUGGAGUGCAUUCCAAGAAAUUCUCCGACGAAAAGAAACAAGUAUUGGGUCUCAGGUGGCCAGCCUUCAAAUGAAAGUUGUUGCUGAAGAUAAGAUUGUUGAAGGUAAAACUAGUGAACUGUUGUCGUCUUGGGACAAAGAAAAACCUAUUGCUGGUAAUCUAAAACCUGAAGAAGCUGUCAGUCAACUCACUAUACUGGAGGGUAAAUUCAAUCGUCUACGCGAAGAACGCGAUAACAUUCAGCGUGCUAAAGAAGCCUUAGAGUUGACUGAAUCAGGAGUUUUGUCGCCUACAGAACAACGUGUACAAGUGGCCUUUGAAGAACUUCAGGAUCUCAAAAAUGUUUGGCUUGAAUUAUCUCGUGUAUGGGAACAAAUUGAGUCAAUGAAAGAGAUGCCUUGGCAGACUGUACAACCACGAAAACUUAGACAACAAUUGGACGAACUAGCAGGACAACUGAAAGAACUUCCAGCCAAACUUAGACAAUAUUCAUCCUAUGAACACGUGAAACGCACUCUUCAGAAUUAUGCCAAGUCUAAUGUUAUGAUUGUUGAAUUGAAGUCAGAAGCACUGAAAGAUCGUCAUUGGAAAUCUUUGAUGAAAAAGUUGAACGUCAAUUGGACUAUGUCAGAAUUAACACUUGGUCAUAUGUGGGAAUUGGAUCUUCAGAAGAAUGAGGCGGUCAUUCGAGAUGUCUUACUUGUUGCACAAGGCGAGAAAGCUUUAGAAGAAUUCUUGAAACAAGUAACUGAAGUAUGGAAAAACUAUAAUCUAGAAUUGAUACCUUAUCAAAACAAAUGUCGACUAAUUCGAGGCUGGGAUGAUUUGUUUAAUCGUGUGAAGGAACAUAUAAACAGUCUAACUGCCAUGAAGUUAUCACCUUACUUUAAGCAAUUCGAAGAAGAGGCAUUGGCAUGGGAAGAUCGUUUGAACAGGAUUAAUGCACUGUUCGAUGUUUGGAUAGAUGUACAACGUCGUUGGGUCUAUCUGGAUGGUAUUUUUGCUGGAUCUGCUGAUAUUAAAGUAUUAUUACCACAAGAAUCACAACGAUUUCAAAGUGUGAGCACAGAAUUCUUAGGUUUAAUGAAAAAGGUGUCAAAGUCACCGCUUGUCAUGGAUGUUUUAAACACAUCAAAUGUUCAACGGCAGUUGGAACGACUUGCUGACCUACUGUCGAAGAUACAACGUUCUCUUGGUGAAUAUCUGGAACGUCAAAGAUCAUCAUUCCCACGCUUUUACUUUGUGGGUGAUGAAGAUCUCCUGGAGAUUAUUGGUAAUAGUAAAAAUGUGCCACGGUUACAAAAACACUUUAAGAAAAUGUUUGCUGGCGUUAACUCUAUCUUGUUAAACGAAGACAAUACUGAAGUCCUGGGGUUAUGUUCCAAGGAGGGUGAAGAAGUAAUAUUUGUUAAACCAAUAUCAAUAAAAGAUAAUGCAAUUAUUAACGAAUGGUUAUCAAUGCUUGAACGUGAAAUGCGUUUUUCAUUGGCCACAUAUCUUGGUCAUGCUAUACAAGAAUUACAGAAGUUAAAAUCAGCUCAUGAUAUUGAGAAAUCUAGCUUUUUAACCUGGUUAGAUAAAUACCAAGCACAAUUGGUAGUCUUAGCUGCUCAAGUUGUAUGGUCUGAAGCUGUUGAUAAUGCUUUAAUUGCUAUGAAAGGUCAGGAUACUUCAUCACAAGACAAUCCACUACAAAAAUGUCUUACAUCUGUUGAAGGUAUGCUAAAUGUACUGGCUGAUUGUGUUUUGUAUGAACAACCACCUGUUCGUCGACAAAAAUUAGAACAUCUUAUCAUUGAACAUGUUCAUCAACGUGAUGUUAUACGCAAUCUAUUGAGAAAUAAUGUCAAUUCACCACGGUCUUUCGAUUGGCUCAGUCAAAUGCGUUUCUAUUUUGAUCCAAAGCAAACUGAUCCAUUACGACAGGUAUCAAUACAAAUGGCCAAUGCAAAAUUCCAGUAUGGUUUUGAAUAUUUGGGUCUUAAUGAUCGUCUUGUGCAGACUCCACUUACUGAUCGGUGCUAUUUGACGAUGACUCAAGCGCUUGAAGCACGUCUAGGUGGAUCACCUUUUGGUCCAGCAGGAACUGGUAAAACAGAAUCAGUAAAGGCUUUGGGAACUCAAUUGGGACGAUUUGUACUCGUUUUCAAUUGUGACGAAACAUUUGAUUUCCAUGCUAUGGGACGUAUUUUUGUUGGAUUGUGUCAAGUUGGUGCUUGGGGUUGUUUCGAUGAGUUUAAUCGUUUAGAGGAGCGAAUGCUUUCAGCAGUUUCUCAACAAGUACAAGGUAUCCAGGAAACUCUUCGAGAUAUGGCCUGCUCUCAAAAAACCAACAACAAAGAGCCUGUCACAGUAGAACUUCUUGGAAAACAGGUUAAUGUUCAUCCUGAUAUGGCUAUCUUUAUAACUAUGAAUCCGGGUUAUGCUGGACGUUCUAAUUUACCAGACAAUUUGAAGAAACUCUUCCGUUCAUUAGCUAUGACUCAACCAGAUAGACAAUUAAUUGCACAAGUUAUGCUUUACUCACAGGGUUUCCGUACAGCGGAAAAGUUGGCCAGUAAAAUUGUUCCCUUCUUCCAGCUUUGUGAUGAACAGUUAUCUGCACAAUCACAUUAUGAUUUUGGUUUGAGAGCACUGAAAUCUGUGUUAGUAUCAGCUGGUCAUGUAAAACGGGAACGUAUUCGAAAAUUGAAAGAGGAUAUAUUGGCUCGUGGUGAAACGGUCAACGAAACAUCAAUUGCAGAAGCAUUACCUGAACAAGAAAUACUCAUUCAAUCGGUAAUGGAAACAAUGGUACCGAAACUGGUUGCCGAAGACAUUCCCCUAUUGUAUAGCCUACUUUCUGAUGUCUUCCCCGGUGUUCGUUACUCACAAGCAGCUAUGGAGAGUUUACGCCGUGAACUACGUCGAGUUUGUGAUGAAAUGUACCUUGUGUACGAUGAAUCAGGUCUUGAUAGUUCAGAAGAAAGCAGGGCCAUGGUUCAACCAUCAAGCAGUGGUACAAGUUCUAGCCUUUGGGUACAAAAAGUUUUACAACUCUACCAGAUCACAUGUAUUCAUCAUGGUCUUAUGAUGGUUGGACCAUCAGGCAGUGGAAAGUCUACAGCAUGGCGUGUAUUACUAAAAGCUUUAGAGCGCGUAGAAGGUGUCGAAGGAGUUGCACACGUAAUUGAUCCUAAAUCAAUUAGUAAAGAAUCUCUUUAUGGAUGUCUUGAUCCUAAUACACGUGAAUGGUCUGAUGGUCUCUUUACUCACAUUCUUAGAAAAAUCAUCGACAGUAUUCGUGGCGAGUCUUUCAAGAGACAAUGGAUUAUUUUCGAUGGUGAUGUUGAUCCUGAAUGGGUAGAAAAUUUAAAUUCCGUCCUGGAUGAUAACAAACUUCUAACAUUACCUAAUGGUGAACGUCUUGGUAUCCCACCUAAUGUGCGCAUUAUGUUCGAAGUACAAGAUUUACGUUUUGCAACUUUAGCUACUGUUUCACGUUGUGGAAUGGUUUGGUUCAGUGAUGAUGUCAUCCCCCCAGAGUUGGUUAUGCAACAUUUCUUGCGUCAGCUGAAUAAUUUGCGUAUGGAUGAAGGAGAAGAAGAAGCUUUUAGUCUUGGUGCAGCACCUGUCCCUGCUCCUUUGACUGAUUCAUCCGGAAGACAUCCCAGUCUGGUUGAGGAUACGGCAAAUGUUGUCAUUAGUCCUACUAUGCAGCUUCAGCAAGAAGUUGCAUUAGUGUUAACUCCAUUCUUCGCCGAAGAUGGUUUAGUCGCGAAAUGUCUUGAGUACGCCAAAGGUCUUGAGCAUAUAAUGGAUUUCAUGCCUUUAAGGGCAUUAACAAGUCUCUUUUCAAUUCUCAAACAAUGCACCCGUAAUAUUCUAGCUUAUAACGUUAGUCACCCAGAUUUCCCGAUGUCUUCGGAUCAAGUUGAAGCCUAUAUGACGAAGUGCCUUAUUACAGGUAUUAUUUGGUCAAUGUGUGGUGAUGGAAAAUUAAGCGUUCGUGAGCAGUUGGGUUCUUUCAUUCGUGAAAUCACUACUAUUCCAAUGCCACCUCCUGGUACACCAGUCAUUGAUUAUGAAGUUGCACUGUCAGGGGAAUGGCAACCAUGGGCUCAGAAGGUCCCUAUAAUUGAGGUCGAAACGCAUAAAAUAACAUCCAUGGAUGUUGUAGUACCGACGUUGGAUACUGUUAGACAUGAAGCUUUGCUGUAUAUGUGGUUAGCAGAACAUCGUCCGAUGAUCUUGUGUGGUCCACCUGGUUCCGGUAAAACAAUGACACUUUUCAGUGCAUUACGUAGCCUACCAGAUAUGGAGGUAGUUGGUCUUAAUUUCUCCAGUGCUACUACACCAGAGUUAAUGUUGAAAACAUUUGAUCAAUAUUGUGAAUAUCGCAAAACACCUAAUGGUUUAGUAUUAGCCCCAGUUCAAUUAAACAAAUGGCUUGUAUUCUUUUGUGAUGAAAUUAACUUGCCUAAUGAAGAUAAAUAUGGUACUCAACGUGUUAUCAGCUUUUUACGACAAAUGGUUGAACAUGGUGGCUUUUAUCAAACUACUGAUAUGCAAUGGGUGAAAUUUGAACGUAUUCAAUUUGUUGGUGCAUGUAAUCCACCUACUGAUCCUGGUCGAAAACCUCUUUCACAUCGGUUCUUACGUCAUGUUCCUGUUGUGUAUGUCGAUUACCCCGGUGAAACUUCAUUGAAACAAAUUUAUGGUACAUUCAAUCGUGCUAUGUUACGUCUUCUGCCUUCUCUUCGUCCUCAAGCUGAGUCGUUAACAAACGCAAUGGUUGAAUUCUUCCUUAUGUCUCAACAACGCUUCACACAAGAUAUGCAGCCUCAUUAUGUGUAUAGUCCACGUGAGCUGUCACGUUGGGUAAGAGGUAUACAUGAAGCUCUAAAGCCGUUAGACAGUCUCCCACUGGAAGGCUUAGUACGUAUAUGGGCCCAUGAAGCUUUACGUUUGUUCCAAGAUCGUUUAAUUGAGGAAUCUGAACGACAAUGGACAGAUACGAAUAUUGAUGAAGUUGCUAUGAAAUAUUUCCCUACAAUUGAUCGCGUUACAGCUCUUCAUAGACCUAUCUUGUUUAGUAAUUGGUUGUCAAAGGAUUAUUCGUCAGUUGAGCAAGAACCUCUACGUGAUUAUGUGAAAGCCCGCCUUAAAGUGUUUUAUGAAGAAGAAUUAGAUGUACCUUUGGUAUUGUUCAAUCAAGUUUUAGAUCAUGUACUUCGUAUCGAUAGAGUGUUCCGUCAACCACAGGGACACUUACUACUCAUUGGAGUUAGUGGAGCAGGUAAAACCACUCUGUCUAGAUUCGUUUCAUGGAUAAAUGGACUAAGUGUGUUCCAAGUUAAAGUUCACAACAAAUAUACUGCUGAGAACUUUGAUGAUGAUUUACGUAAUGUUCUACGACGAGCUGGUUGUAAAGGUGAAAAGAUCACAUUUAUAAUGGAUGAAUCAAAUGUUUUAGACUCAAGUUUCCUUGAACGUAUUAAUACACUUUUAGCAAAUGGUGAAGUCCCAGGUUUAUUUGAAGGUGAUGAAUUCUCCGCUUUGAUGACCCAUUGCAAAGAAGGUGCUGCUCGAGAAGGACUUAUGAUAGACAGUCAUGAAGAACUGUAUAAGUGGUUCACAACACAGAUAUGCACCAAUUUACAUGUUGUUUUCACAAUGAAUCCAUCGGCUGAUGGUUUGAAAGAUCGAGCCUCCACAUCUCCUGCUCUCUUUAAUCGUUGCGUUCUCAACUGGUUUGGUGAUUGGUCUCUGGAAGCCUAUUAUCAGGUUGGCAAAGAAUUUACAAGCAAAAUGGAUAUGGAACGCCCUGAUUAUAAAGUUCCUGAUAUUAUUCCUUCAGUUGUCGAAGGCCUACUACCCGAAUUUCCAUCAUUUCGUGAAAUGGUUUCAAAUGCUUUUGUUUUUGUACAUCAAACUCUACAUGAAGCUAAUCAUCGGCUACAGAAACGCGGUGCACGCACCAUGUGGAUUACACCGAGACAUUUCUUAGAUUUCAUUGCUCAUUUUGUUCGUCUAAUGACGGAGAAACGUGCAGAUUUAGAAGAACAACAGCUUCACUUGCACAUUGGAUUGCAGAAGAUCAAAGAAACUGUUGAACAGGUUGAAGUUAUGCAGAAAUCUUUAACACAGAAAAGCUUAGAACUAGAACAAAUGAAUAAUGCAGCUAAUGAGAAAUUAAAGCAAAUGGUUCAAGAUCAACAAGAAGCUGAGAAAAAGAAGACAAUGAGUCAGCGGUUACAGGAGGAAUUAGCUAAUCAAGAAUUGUAUAUUAAUGAAAAACGCACAUUAGUUAUGCAAGAGCUUAGUCAAGUUGAACCAGCAGUUAUUGAAGCUAAACAAGCUGUCGAGGGAAUACGCAAAAGAGAUAUUCAGGAGAUAAGAGCUAUGAAAAAUCCACCGUCUGUUGUUAAAAUGGCAGUGGAGUCUAUCUGUUUAUUAUUGGGAGAAGGAUCGACUGAUUGGAAUCAAAUUUUGAAAACGCUUGUAAAAGAUUCAUUUGUUCCUAGUAUUGUCAACUUUAAUACUGAUGAUGUAACUGACAGUAUCCGGGAUACAAUGAAGAAAAAGUAUAUCAGUAAUCCUGAUUAUAACUUUGAAAAAGUUAACAGAGCUAGUAGUGCUUGUGGACCUAUGGUGAAAUGGGCGAUAGCUCAGAUAAAUUAUGCCGAUAUUCUAAAGAAGGUUGAACCUCUUAGAAAUGAAUUAAAAACUCUGGAGGCUGCUGCAACUAAAAAUAAAGAAGAGGCAAAUAAUGUUGAAGUUACAAUCGGAGCUUUAGAGAAAAGUAUUGCCAAGUAUAAGGAAGAAUAUGCCGUGUUGAUUAGUCAAGCUCAAGCAAUUAAAUCAGAUUUGGCAACUGUAGAAGCUAAGGUUGCUCGCUCCGUUGCACUGAUCAAAUCACUCAGCAAUGAACGAGGUCGUUGGGAAAGUGGUUCUGAAACAUUCAAAUCUCAAAUGUCCACUAUAUAUGGUGAUUGUCUGCUGUCAGCAGCAUUUAUGGCUUAUGGUGGUUACUUCGAUCAACAUUUCCGUACACGAUUGUUUACUACUUGGUGCCAGCAUUUACAGUCUGUAGAUAUACGUUACCGUAAUGAUUUGGCUUUGGUGGAGUACCUAUCGAACCCAGAUGAACGACUUAGGUGGCAAGCCAAUGCACUUCCUGAUGAUGAAUUAUGUGUUGAAAAUGCCAUAAUCCUACGACGUUUUAACAGAUAUCCAUUGAUUAUUGAUCCAAGCGGUCAAGCAACAGAAUUCUUACUUAAUGAAUACAAGUCGAAAAAGAUUAUGAAGACAUCCUUCUUAGAUGAUGCUUUCCGUAAAACACUAGAAUCAGCCUUACGAUUUGGUACCCCACUACUAGUUCAAGAUGUAGAAUCCUAUGAUUCUAUUUUAAAUCCAGUCUUGAAUCGUGAAGUUCGUAGAACUGGUGGUCGAACUCUUAUUACGAUCGGAGAUCAAGAUAUUGAUUUGUCACCAACGUUCAGUAUAUUCCUGUCUACAAGAGAUCCCUCGGUUGAUUUCCCUGCUGAUGUUUGCUCUCGUGUAACUUUCGUCAACUUCACUGUUACUCGGGGAAGCUUACAGAGUCAAUGCCUAAAUGCAGCCUUGAAAGCUGAACGUCCAGAUGUGGAUUCAAAACGAUCGGAUCUAUUGAAAAUGCAAGGAGAAUUCCAAUUGAAACUACGUCAUUUAGAAAAAGAUUUAUUACAGUCGUUGAAUGAAGCUAAGGGUAAUCUAUUAGAUGAUGACAAGAUUAUCACCCGGUUAGAGACAUUGAAACAAGAAGCUGGUGAUGUAGCUAAAAAAGUAGAAGAAACUGAUGUUAUCAUGAAAGAAGUUGAAUCUGUAUCACAACAGUAUGUUGCACUGGCUCAAUCAUGUUCAAGCAUCUAUUUCACACUGCAAGCAAUGAAUCAAAUUCAUUUUCUUUAUCAUUACUCUUUACAAUUCCUAUUGGAUAUAUUCAAUUGUGUGUUAACACAGAAUAUUCGAUUGAAAGAUGUUAAAGAUUGUACUCAACGAUUACAAAUUAUCACGAAAGAUUUAUUCCAGGUAACAUACAAUCGUGUCGCUCGAGGAAUGCUGCAUAAAGAUCAAAUUAGUUUUGGCGUUUUACUGUCUCGUAUUUUUAUCAAAGGUCAAGUUACUGUAAUGCCCAAUGUCCAACCGAAUGGCUUGGAAGCUGAAUUCAAUUGUUUCUUAAACGGUCAAGAAACUCUCAAAGAUACCGGAGAUACUUCAUCUAGUGGGGGUGCUCUUCCACAAAUAGCAGGCAAGGGCCAACGAUUAAAAACAGUGUUAAAUGCUUUCAAGAAUUUGGAUAAAUUAGUUGCCCAGAAUAAUGAUACUUUCAAAUCUUGGCUAGAGAGUGUUUCUCCAGAAACGAAUGUUCCAGUGAUGUGGGAAGCACCGAAUUCACCGGAUGAUUGGUUUGGUGUUGUACGCAAUCAACUUUAUAGUCUUCUUCUUAUCCAAGCCUUUCGACCUGAUCGUAUGCUGGCUGCUGCACAUCUCCUUGUCUCCACUUGUUUUGGACAUGACUUUAUGGAGUCAGCUCGUGGUCAUUUGGAAUUGAUGCCUGUUGUAGAGCAAGAAAUUCGAUCGAAUAUGCCAGUUUUAUUAUGUGCUGUUUCAGGUUUCGAUCCCAGUGGUAGAGUGGAAGAUCUAGCAAAUGAAAAUAGCAAACAGUUGACAAGCAUCGCUAUCGGUUCUGCUGAAGGCUUUUCACAGGCUGAUAAGGCAAUCAAUGCUGCUGCAAAAAGUGGAAAAUGGGUUAUGCUGAAAAAUGUACAUUUAGCUCCAUCAUGGUUGGUACAGUUGGAAAAGAAACUUCACAGUGUACAACCACAUCCAAACUUCCGACUCUUUUUAACAAUGGAAAUUAAUCCUAAACUACCGGUCAAUGUUUUACGUGCUGGUCGGGUAUUGGUGUUUGAACCACCUCCUGGAAUAAAAGCAAGUCUUUCGCGUACAUUUGCUAAUGUACCUGCUAGUCGAAUUUCACGUGCUCCUGCUGAAAGAGCUCGUCUCUACUUCCUACUUGCUUGGUUUAAUGCUGUUGUUCAAGAACGACUAAGAUAUGUACCAUUAGGUUGGUCAAAACGAUAUGAAUUCAAUGAAUCAGAUCUCAAAGUCGCUUGUGAUACUAUUGAUACCUGGGUUGAUAUGUCAGCGAUGGGACGUUCUAAUCUACCUCCGGAUAAAGUACCAUGGUCAGCUUUGCGUACAUUACUAGGACAAUGUAUUUACGGGGGUAAAAUUGAUAAUCUCUUUGAUCAACGCUUGAUGGAAACAUUCCUCAGUGAAUUGUUUACAGAAGCUAGCUUUGAACAUGACUUCCCUCUUGUACGUAAUGUUGAUGGACAGGUUGGCAAAAAUAUUUUAACACCCGAUGGUAGUUCACGUGAAGAACUAUUGGCAUGGAUUUCAAAAUUACCUGAUAUUCAAACACCUUCUUGGCUUGGUUUACCUAAUAAUGCAGAGAAAGUUCUUUUAACCAACUUGGGUGGUGAAAUGAUUGGCAAUCUACUAAAACUACAAGAAGCUAUCAGUGAUGAUGAUUCAAUUGUUGUGACUGCAGGAUUAGAUCGUAAGAAGUCAGUAGUAGACACUGACACACGUCCUGUAUGGAUGCGUCAACUUUUAUCCAGUGCAACAGCUUGGCUAUCUCUUCUUCCCAAUUCUAUUAAACCGUUGACACGUACACCUGAAAAUCUACGUGAUCCAUUAUAUCGAUUCUUUGAAAGAGAAGUGAAUACUGGCUGUAAUCUUUUGACAACUGUACGAGGAGAUCUUAGUGUGGUUAUCGCUGUAUGUUCUGGUGAACGUAAACCAACAAAUCAUCAUCGUAACUUAAUGUCUGACCUAACGAAAGGAAUUAUUCCAAAAGAUUGGCGACGUUAUGCCUUCCCAGCAAGUCUGACUGUUAUUCAAUGGAUAAAUGACUUUGUUACUCGUCUAAAACAAUUACUCCAAUUGUCUGAAAGUGCUUCUUCAAGUGGAGCAGCCAGUUUAAGAGAUAUGCAGGUUUGGUUAGGUGGACUUUUUAUGCCAGAAGCUUAUAUCACAGCUACGAGACAAUAUGUGGCUCAGUUAAAUGGUUGGGCUCUUGAAGAAUUAUACUUAGAUGUUGAACUUGUCCUAAUGGACAAAUCGAAGAAACCACCUCAGUUGGCUUCAUCUAGCUCAGGAGCGUUUAUUGUUCGAGAUUUAUGGUUAAUGGGUGCAGAACCUCUGGAUGCAAAUACAAUUCGUUUAUCAAAUUCUAUUGCAACUGAACUACCGCUGACAGUAUUGAAAUGGAUCAAAAUAUCCACCGACGAACGAUCUUCACGUUUCCUAGAAAAAGAAGGCAGUGUCCGAUUACCGGUUUACAUGAAUGGUUCACGUAGUGUUGUCCUAUUCACCUUACAAUUAGUCUCAUCCGAAGCGUCGAAUACCUUCUAUGAACGUGGUGUUGCCUUCCUUGCCUCUUCUCUCGCCUGA